UAAACCAAAAGAAGAAGAAUGGUUGAAAGCCUCAUGAAGCAGUGCUUUGAAAGCGAGCAUCACUAAAGUCUAAUUAAAUCAUCUUUAAUUAUUUACUUGGUUUGUCAGCAGGAUUUAUUAAUACGUUAACUGUUAGCAGUGAGUUUUCUUACCCGGACUCUCUGUUGGCUCUGGAGCAGUGCUGCUCGUGCUCGGACAGCGUCAUUCAUCUCCUGACUCACACAGUUGUGUACUUUCAGCCACACCCAUAGAGUGAAAGUGAUUAAGACCUUCAGUGAAGCUCCUCCUACAACAAUCCACCAAUAAAUGCUGGAGUCAAACACACAGAGAAAUCACUCCAUGUGUGACAACUGAAAUCUUCAUGACAUAAUGUUGAUGCUGGUGAAAGAGGAGCUUGAGAAGAUGACAGAUCCACGACCAUGCAGAAUAAAGGAUGAAGAUACUGAGGAACAAAUAGUUCACACCCACAAGUGAAAGUGAUUAAGACCUUCAGUGAAGCUCCUCCUACAACAAUCCACCAAUAAAUGCUGGAGUCAAACACACAAAGAAAUCACUCCAUGUGUGACAACUGAAAUCUUCAUGACAUAAUGUUGAUGUUGGUGAAAGAGGAGCUUGAGAAGAUGACAGAUCCACAACCAUGCAGAAUAAAGAAUGAAGAUACUGAGGAACAAAUAGAUAUGAUGGAAGUGAAAGAGGAGAGUCAAGCUGAAGUGGAUGAGAAACAUCAGAUUGUAAAAAUAAACCAUAAUGUUUCACAGAAAGAAACUCUGAAGACAGAAGACAUAAAGUGUGAAAAUAGUUUCAGUGAAGAUGAACGCCCUGAAGAUCACAAGAGGACUCACAGUGAGGAGAAACCUUUCACAUGUCAACAGUGUGGAAAGAGUUUCACCUUUCGAUCGAGCCUUAUCCGGCACAAGAAAGCUCACAGUGAGGAGAAACCUUUCACAUGUCAACAGUGUGGCAAGAGUUUCAGAACAAAAGCUCACCUUAAAGAACACAUGAGAAUUCACACUGGAGAGAAACCUUUCACAUGUCAACAAUGUGGAAAGAGUUUCAGAACAAAUGCUCACCUUAAAACACACACAAUUAUUCACACUGGAGAGAAACCUUACACAUGUCAACAAUGUGAAAAGAGUUUCACUUCUCAAUCGAACCUUAUCCGGCACAGGAAAACUCACAGGGGGGAAAAGCCACACGCCUGCCAGCAUUGUGAAAAGAGUUUCCCAGAUAGAAGUCAACUUAUGAUACACGUAAGAGUUCACACUGGAGAGAAACCUUACACUUGUCAUCUGUGUGGAAAGCGUUUCGGAGAUAAAAGUGGACUUGAUAUUCACAUGAGGAUUCACACUGGAGAGAAACCGUUCACAUGUCAUCAGUGUGAAAAAAGUUUUAACAUUAAAAGCAACCUUACAACACACAUGAAAAUUCACAUGGAAGAGAAACCUCACGCAUGUAUUCAGUGUGAAAAGAGUUUCAGUAAUAAAAACGAACUUGAGACUCACACAAGAAUCCACACUGGAGAGAAACCGUUCACAUGCCAUGAGUGUAAAAAAAGUUUCAGAUGUAAAUACAACCUUACAAAACACAUGAAGAUUCACACUGGAGAGAAACCUCACGCAUGUCUUCAGUGUGGAAAGAGUUUCAUUGAUAAACGUGGACUUGAGACUCACACAAGAAUUCACACUGGAGAGAAACCUUACAUAUGCUCUCAGUGUGAAAAGAGUUUUACAAGUGAAGGCGCUCUUAAGAAACACACAAAAAUUCACACCGGAGAGAAACCGUUCACAUGUCAUGAGUGUAAAAAAAGUUUCAGAUGUAAAUACAACCUUACAAAACACAUGAAGAUUCACACUGGAGAGAAACCUCACGCAUGUCUUCAGUGUGGAAAGAGUUUCAUUGAUAAACGUGGACUUGAGACUCACAUGAGAUAUCAUACUGGAGAGAAACCUUACAGAUGCUCUCAGUGUGAAAAGAGUUUUACAAGUGAAGGCACUCUAAAGAAACACACAAGAAUUCACACUGAAGGAAAACCGUUUACAUGUCAUGAGUGUAAAAAAAGUUUCGGAUUUAAGCACAACCUUACCAAACACAUGAAAAGUCACACUGGAGAGAAUCCUCAUGCAUGUCUUCAGUGUGGAAAGAGUUUCAGUCAUAAAAGUAACCUUGAGAUUCACACAAGAAUCCACACUGGAGAGAAACCUUACAUAUGUCUUCAGUGUGGAAAGAGUUUUACAAGUGAAGUUAAUCUUAAGACACACACAAGAAUUCACACUGGAGAGAAACCUUACAUAUGUUUUCAAUGUGAAAAGAGAUUCACAAGUAAAGCGAGUCUUAAGAUACACGGAAGAAUUCACACUGGAGAGAAACCGUUCACAUGUCAACUGUGUGGAAAGAGUUUCAGAGCUAAAAAAUACCUUACAAAACACAUGAAAAUUCACAUGAAAGAGAAACCUCAGACAAAGACAAAGCCAAUCAUAAAGCAAUGUGAGGUGGGACUCAUUGCAGAAAAUGAGAUCUGUUAACCAUUUGUGUACCAUAGACUGCAUUACCUUUACAUAACAUGGUGGUAAAAGAUUUGAAUCUCAUUGAAAAGAUUUCUGUGUAA